GACAUGUGGGGAAGAAUUGUCGCCUAGCUGCGAAGAACAAGCAACUCACAUGUCAACGGUGUGGUGGAUUACAUCAUGUACCAGCAGUGUGUAGAGGAAGGAUCUUAUCGAGUCCUUCUCAAGAAUCUCAGAAGGAGGCCACUCCUACGACUUAUGAGAGUAAGCCAGGAGGUGAGGGUACUUCUACGACCAAUGCGUACUCUCUCCUUCCUGCGACUGAUGUUACCUGGCUUGCUCACUCUUCGGCCUCAACUGCGGCUCGUGUAUCACCCUUGACAGCUGGUAUGAUGGUGCACUCUCGUACUUCUAAUUCUAAACCUCAGCAACAUCGAGUUCUCUUGGAUACGGGGGCAGCAAGGUCCUUCGUAGCUGAAGCUUGGAUGAGAGAUCAUCCUGACUACAUACAUGAUACAAGAGGAGAGAAGGUGGAGGUUAUGAUGGCUGAUUGUCGCAAGUUUACCCCUAAUACUGCUGUGUUAUUGCAUUUUUCUGCUCCUGGCAA